GGCUCUAGGGUCCCUGAACUCUAGUUUCAACACCUACCACCCUUCCUUUCGAGGGUCUCUGGACCCUGGGCAGAAGGAUGGGCUGGCCUUCCUGCUGAGGCCACCACCUGCUCCCUUUACCAGGGAGAAUGGCCAGGACCAGGCCAGCUAGCUGCACAGAGUGUGUGCUGCACCAUGUCCCCUGGCCCUCACCCACUGGGGGCUCCAGAACUGAAACAGAUAACUGACCCCCCCAUGGCUCUGCUUAGCAGGGGUGCCCAGCUCUACAGUCCAUGGGGGCGGGCAGAAGGAAGGAGCUUAUUAGGGUGAUAAAGAUCUGGGGGCCCCGCCCAGACCCCUCCCCCAACUUCCCUGGGGCUGUGGCUCAGGCUGGACUGGCUCCCCCACCCUGAAGUCUUCUUCAUCCAAGGCAUCUUCCACCCGCCCUCUCAGAGGGAGGCCAAGUGCCCUGCCUCCUGCUCCUCCCUGCCGGCUCCCAGAGGGCUUGUAGCCCAGACACCUGCUCACCAGCCGGGAGCACGUCCUCAUCGCCACCUGCCUGGCUCCCAUCCUGGCCUCUGAGGGCAGCAGCUUCUCCAGGUUCUGGGCUGCUGGGGGGGCCAGUCAUCCCUGCCUCACCUUAUUACCUUGGGAGGCUGGCCCUUUCCACUCCUCUGUGUCUGGCUUCCACAGUCUGGCUUGGGCCCCUGUGCAGUACUCCACAGUGUUUGGGAUUGAGCUCCCCCUCUUCCUGCCACCUGAAGAACAGCCAUGGCCACCUACAAAGUCAAGGUGGCCACCGGUGAUGACUUCUUGUCAGGAACAAUGGACUCGAUCUCACUGACCAUCAUAGGGACCCAAGGAGAGAGCCACAAGCAGCUGCUGAACCAUUUUGGGAGGGACUUUGCAACUGGGGCGGUGGAUAAGUACACUGUCCGGUGCCAGCAGGACCUGGGGGAGCUCAUCAUCGUCCGCCUGCACAAGGACCCAUACUCCUUCUUUCCUAAGAACUCCUGGUACUGCAAAUAUGUGCAGAUCUGUGCACCCAAUGGCCGCGUCUACCACUUCCCUGCCUACCAGUGGAUGGAUGGCUACGAGACCCUGUCUCUGCGGGAGGCUACAGGAAAGACAAGAGCAGAUGAUACACUCCCAAUCCUUCUGGAGCAUCGGCAGGAGGAGAUCAGAGCCAAGCAGGACUUAUACCACUGGAGGGUCUUCGUCCCUGGCCUGCCCAACUACGUGGACAUCCCCAGUUACCACCCUCCGGUCCGGAGAAACCCCAACCGGCCUGAGUGGAAUGGCUAUAUCCCUGGAUUCCCAAUUCUCAUCAACAUUAAGGCCACCAGGUUCCUGAACUCAAAUCUGCGCUACUCCUUCAUCAAGACGGCCUCCUUCUUUACUCGCCUGGCUCCCAUGUCACUGAAGCUCAAAGUCCAAGGCCUGCUGGACUGCAAACAGUCGUGGAAGAGACUGAAGGACAUUAAGAAAGUUUUCCCUUUCUAUAAGACUGUCAUCUCCGAAUACGUGGCUGAGCACUGGACAGAGGACAGCUUCUUCGGGUACCAGUACCUCAAUGGCGUGAACCCAGGUGUGAUCCGCCGCUGCAUGCGGAUUCCAGACAAGUUCCCCGUCACAGACGACAUGGUGGCCCCGUUCCUGGGCGAAGGAACGUGCCUGCAAGCAGAGCUGGAGAAGGGGAACAUUUACCUGGCAGACUACAGGAUCUUGGAGGGCAUCCCCACCACUGAGCUCAAUGGCCGGAAACAGCACCAAUGUGCCCCUCUCUGCCUGCUGCACUUUGGACCGGAAGGGAACAUGAUGCCUAUCGCUAUCCAGCUCAGCCAGACCCCUGGACCCAGUAGCCCCAUCUUCCUGCCCAGCGACUCUGAAUGGGACUGGCUGCUGGCCAAGACGUGGGUGCGCAAUGCUGAAUUCUACUGCCAUGAGGCCAUCUCCCACUUGCUAGGGACCCACCUCAUUGCUGAGGCCUUCUGCCUGUCUCUGCUGAGGCAGCUUCCCAUGUGCCAUCCCCUCUACAAGCUCCUGAUCCCCCAUACCCGAUACACCGUCCAGAUCAACUGCAUCGGGCGGGCCCUCCUCCUCAAUGAGGAGGGGCUGUCUGCCAGGGGCACAGGUCUGGGCGUGGAGGGCAUUGCUGAGGUGAUGGUGCGGGCUCUGUCGGAGAUAAACUACGACAGAAUGUACCCCCCCAACGACUUCAUGGAGCGCGGGGUUCAGGACCUGCCGGGAUAUUACUACCGUGACGACUGCUUGGCAGUGUGGGACGCAUUGGAGAGGUUUGUGACAGAGAUCAUCACCUACUACUACCCGUGUGACGCAGCUGUGGAGGGUGACACGGAACUGCAGUCCUGGGUGCAGGAGAUAUUCAAGGAGUGCCUACUAGGACGUGAGAGCUCAGGCUUCCCCAAGUGCUUGCGAACGGUGCCUGAGCUGAUCCGAUAUAUCACCAUCAUCAUCUAUAUCUGCUCCGCCAAGCACGCAGCCGUCAACACAGGGCAGCUGGAGUACACCUCCUGGAUGCCCAACUUCCCGUCAUCAAUGCGGAACCCACCGAUGCAGGCCAAGGGGCUGACCACUCUGGAGACCUACUUGGACACGUUACCAGAUGUGAGGACUACGUGCAUCAUCCUGUUGGUGCUCUGGACACUCAGCCGGGAGCCCGACGACAAGAGGCCCCUGGGCCACUUCCCCGACAUCCACUUCGUGGAGGAGGUCCCUCGCCGGAGCAUGGAGGCCUUCCGCCAGCGCCUCGACCAGAUCUCGUACAACAUCCGCCAGCGCAACAAGGGCCUCGCCAUCCCCUACUACUACCUGGACCCCGUGUUAAUCGAGAACAGCAUUUCUAUUUAGGACAGUUCUUUUUGCCUAGCUUCUCCCUGCCCUGUGCCUGACUAUUAAAAAAACAAAAAACAGAAAAACCCA